GGAAAAAACAACAUAUUUACGGUCUGAGUGGUUUUCCAGUUAAAUUAAUGUUGCAAUCAUAGUUCUCAGAUUUGACGUUUAUGAAAAAGACCAAAAGUGUAUCUGAGAGUGCGGAUCCUAUUUUUCUUCGUGAAGACGUGUAUGAGCAGAAACAUUUCUGAAUGAUGGCUGGUGUCGACAAGUUCCAGUUUGCCAUUGACCGUGGAGGCACUUUCACCGAUGUCUUUGCUCGCUGUCCAGGAGGGAAAGUAAGGGUUAUGAAGCUGCUUUCUGAAGAUCCAGCAAACUAUACUGACGCCCCCACAGAAGGAAUAAGAAAGAUUCUUCAAGAGGAAUGUGGUAUAUCACUCUCAAAAGACCAACCAGUAGACACAUCCUUAAUUGACUGGAUUCGGAUGGGAACCACUGUGGCUACCAAUGCUUUGCUGGAGAGAAAGGGGGAACGAAUUGCUUUGGUUAUAACAAAGGGAUUCCGGGACCUGCUGCUCAUUGGUAACCAGUCAAGACCCAAAAUCUUUGACCUCGAGAUUGUUCGCCCAGAAGUCUUGUAUGAGGAAGUGAUUGAAGUCUCUGAGAGGGUAGUGCUGCACCAAAAGGGAUGUCGGCUGUCAAAAGCUAUGAACUCUGAAACCUUGAAAGGUUCAACAGGUGAAUCCCUAGAUCUCUGGUGCCCUUUAGAUUUUAAAACUCUGCAGACAGAAUUACAGAGAGUCCUUGAAAAGGGAAUCCAAAGUCUUGCUGUGGUGCUUAUACAUUCCUACACUUGGUCAAAACAUGAGCAAGAGGUGGGGGAACUGGCUCAGAGACUUGGAUUUCAGCAUGUCUCUCUCUCGUCAGAGGUCAUGCCAAUGGUACGAAUGGUACCUCGUGGCUACACAGCUUGUGCAGAUGCUUACCUGACUCCAUGCAUUAAACGUUAUCUGACUGGCUUCCGCGCAGGUUUCAAGGAUGUGCUGAAAGAUGUCAAUGUGUUGUUCAUGCAGUCAGAUGGAGGGUUGACACCUAUGAAGACAUUCAAUGGCUCCAGAGCCAUCCUUUCUGGCCCUGCAGGUGGAGUUGUUGGAUAUGCUGUUACUACAUAUAAUGAAGAAAGCAAGCAACCCAUUAUUGGAUUUGAUAUGGGUGGUACAUCAACAGAUGUCAGCCGGUAUGCUGGAGAGUAUGAACAUGUUUUCGAGAGUACGACUGCAGGAAUUACAAUCCAGGCUCCCCAGCUGGAUGUGAAUACAGUUGCUGCUGGCGGUGGGUCUAUGCUGUUCUUCAGAUCAGGACUUUUUGUUGUUGGCCCAGAAUCUGCAGGAGCUCAUCCAGGACCUUCUUGCUAUCGUAAAGGGGGUCCACUGACAGUAACAGAUGCUAAUCUCUGUCUUGGUCGCUUGCUGCCUGACUACUUUCCAAAGAUCUUUGGCCCAGAGGAGGACCAGCCGCUUUCCAAAAGAGACACCCUUAGGGAGUUUCAAAAACUCACAGAUCAAGUAAACAGCUUCCUAGAAAAUCAGUCACAACAUGUUUCAAAUAUGACAGUGGAGGAAGUUGCCAUGGGCUUCAUUCGUGUUGCUAAUGAGGCGAUGUGUCGUCCCAUCAGAGCACUUACCCAGGCAAAAGGUCAUGACACUUCCCAACAUAUUUUGGCUUGCUUUGGUGGUGCAGGUGGCCAGCACGCAUGUGCCAUUGCACGGUCAUUAGGCAUGAAAACAGUCUUCAUUCAUAAGUAUGCUGGGAUACUGUCUGCCUAUGGGAUGGCACUAGCAGAUGUUGUCCAUGAAGCCCAAGAACCUUGCUCUGUGAUCUAUGGACCUGAGAGCUUUAAAUUGCUGGAUCAACGAAUUGCAGUCUUGAAACAGCAGUGCAUUACUUCAUUACAAGGACAAGGAUUCCAGAAGGCACAGAUCAGCACUGAGGCCUUCCUUCAUCUACGGUAUGAGCGUACUGACUGUGCAUUUAUGUGCUCAGCAAAGGGUUACCCUGGCAACGAGAACUUCUGUCAUGAAGGUGACUUCAGGACAGCAUUUUGUCUCAGGUACCUCAAGGAGUUUGGUUUCACAAUCCCAGAAAGGCCAAUUGUGGUUGAUGAUAUUAGAGUGCGAGGAACUGGAAGCAGUAGUAUACACUGUGAAAAACAACUUAAACCAAGUGGAUUGCCAGCACAAGUUGAAACUAUGACAAAGUGUUACUUUGAGAAUGGUUACUUGGACACCAAUGUGUACUUCCUGGAGGAUCUGACUUGUGACCAUAUAAUACCUGGCCCUGCCAUCAUCAUCGACAAGAACAGCACUAUCUUGGUGGAGCCAGAGUGCACAGCUACUAUCACUGAAUUUGGUGACAUUCAAAUCUGUGUUGACAGAGAGAAGAUUCCAGUCAUUGGUACAGAGCUAGAUACUAUUCAGCUGUCCAUCUUCUCUCACCGUUUCAUGAGUAUUGCAGAGCAAAUGGGCAGAAUACUGCAGAGAACUGCUAUUUCUACCAACAUCAAGGAGCGAUUGGAUUUCUCAUGUGCUCUGUUUGGCCCAGAUGGAGGGUUAGUGUCCAAUGCUCCCCACAUUCCUGUUCACUUGGGUGCUAUGCAGGAGACUGUUCAGUUUCAGAUCAAAAACCUGGGACAAGACUUGGUAGAAGGGGAUGUAAUUCUUAGUAACCACCCAUGCGCUGGAGGCAGCCACCUGCCGGACCUCACUGUCAUUACACCAGUGUUUCGUAAGGGCAUUUCAUAUCCUGUUUUCUUUGUGGCCAGUCGAGGACACCAUGCUGAUAUUGGGGGGAUUACUCCUGGAUCGAUGCCUCCACAUUCCAAAUCUCUGGAAGAAGAAGGAGCAGUCUUUACUUCCUUCAAACUGCUGAAGGGUGGCAUGUUUCAGGAGGAAGCUGUGACAGAAGCUCUCCUGGCCCCUGGCAAAAUCCCUGGAAGCAGUGGAACUCGCAAUCUACAUGAUAACAUAUCAGACUUGAGGGCACAGGUGGCAGCCAAUCAGAAAGGAAUUCAACUCGUUAAUGAGCUGAUUGAUGUAUAUGGGCUGGAAGUUGUACAAGCUUAUAUGGCCCACAUACAGGCCAAUGCAGAGGUGGCAGUGAGGCAAAUGUUAAAGGAAUUUGCAGUUCGCUGUAGAAAACAGACAGGAGUGCAGACAGGCUUGCUGGAAGUGAAGUCUGAAGACUAUAUGGAUGAUGGUUCACCAAUCAGACUCAGCGUACAGAUUAAUGAGAAAGAGGGAAGUGCAGUGUUUGACUUCAGUGGCUCAGGCUAUGAGGUGAUUGGAAACUGCAAUGCUCCACGGGCUAUCACCCUGUCAGCUCUUAUCUACUGCUUACGAUGUAUGGUGGGACAGGACAUUCCCCUGAACCAGGGUUGCUUGGCUCCAGUAAAGGUUAUCAUACCAAAGGGCUCAAUCCUUGAUCCAUCUGCUAAGGCAGCAGUGGUUGGGGGAAAUGUCCUUACUUCUCAGCGUUUAGUAGAUGUGAUUUUUAAGGCUUUUGGGGUUUGUGCUGCUUCCCAGGGUUGUAUGAACAAUAUCACAUUUGGCAAUGACAAUGUUGGCUACUAUGAAACUGUUGCAGGUGGAGCAGGUGCUGGACCAUACUGGCAUGGACAGAGUGGGGUACACACACACAUGACCAACACCCGCAUUACAGACCCAGAAAUCUUAGAAAAGAGGUACCCAGUUAUCCUGCAGCAGUUUCAGAUAAACAAGGGUACUGGGGGUACAGGUAAUUUCUGUGGUGGAGAUGGUGUAAUUCGUCAGCUACUCUUCAGAGACAAUGUAGUCUUAUCUGUACUGAGUGAACGUAGAGCCUUCCGCCCAUAUGGACUGUAUGGUGGAGAACCAGGUGCAGCAGGUCUGAAUCUGCUUAUCCGUGCUGAUGGUCGGACAAUAAAUCUAGGAGGAAAGACGUCUGUAGAACUCAACCCAGGGGAUAUAUUCCAUUUGCAGACUCCAGGAGGAGGUGGUUUUGGGUUAUACGAGGAAGAUGGAACCUCCAAAAGAACAACCCAGACAGUAUCACAGAAGGACAAAACCACUGAGUGCUUUCAGGAAAGAGGGAGUGUCUAUGAAUACAGACGGACUCAAGAAACAGUGUAGAAUUGCAGCCCUGAAGCAGGAAAUGGAGAGGAAUGCAGGACAGUUUGUACCAGUGGGCAGAUGAGAGUCUAACUUAGUCUGCAGGACUAGCUCUCUGUUUUUAAAUUAAUGGGAAUGGUGCUAAUUAACCUGUUUUACCAGUGGUUAUAAAUUUAGGUGAAUGUACUGCAGUUUUUGGAUGGUAUUUCUAAGAUAUACUGUUUUAGGUGGGUUUGGCAUAAUGGUUAAGGUCUUCACCUAAUAGGCACAAGGUACAGUGUUUGAUUCUAACCUCAGGUUAUUGACUAGAAUUAAAAUGGCUCUUCAGGGCAAUUAGCCUUGUAUUAAAUAUAAAUCUAUAUAAGAUUUUUCCAUAUUAGUAAAGGAUGACACUAGCAGGCGAGAAGUCUGUUGUAUGUUUUAAGUGGUGAGUUGGGUUCUGCAUGUCUGAAACACUACAUGCAAACAAACCAUCCAUCAUCUAAUUUGUGUUUUCAGAGGUAGUCAGUACCUUGUAGAAAUAUGUAAUACACGAUAGUAUAAAAAGCCGAGCCUUAGUACUACAUUUGAAGGGCUACUGUUAUCAUCAGAACUGUCCUGCUGAGCUUCAUGCUUACAAAGUGUGAAAGGAAGCAGUGGAUUGAUGUACUACAGUUGGUUGUUCAUUAAGCACUUAACUGCUCAGCCAUAGCUGCACAAGUGUGUCAUUGUGACCGUGUAAUUACUGUGGUGACCUUUAGAAAUGCUUCAGGUGUAGUGCAGCUUGUGCACUGCUUCUACCUUUCUUCCUGAAUCCCCUCUGUGGAAUAAGUGGUAACAGCACUUAAUGUAGGUAGUAGGAGUGGGGUUCCUUGCACCAUCAGUAUGUGUGUUGUUAUGAAUGACACAUUGUGUGAAUGAGCUUGUCUCCUCAUAUUAGUCACAGUUUGCUGGAUGCUCUGUUAAAGGGAUGGUAAUGUAGGCUGACCAUAUACACAGAUUUUUGGGCAGAAUUAAUAGAGUUAAAAUAAUUACUACUAUACUGCCCAUUUCUUUGUCAUAUUAACUCAGUGUUUCACCUACCUCAUGAAGUUUUUUUUUCUCCCUUUGAGCAGAAAUCAUACACUUGAGUAAUUUGGAACACAAUUUGUUAUUGUCUUAGAAGAACAAAUGUCAUAUGCUUGUGUCUGCUAAUAAAAUGUAAACAGUGCCCAUGUGUGUAGACAAGACCAGUGAAGACAUUUAGAAUGUGAGCAAUCUAGAAGAAAUUCUGAAAUUCGUGAAUCAAAUACAUUUUUAAAUUUAAAUAAAAAAAUAAUCCCC